UCAGUCUCAUGUUUGUUUCUUUUGCCAAAGAGGUUACAAUUUGCUUUAAAAUAGGUUCGGUUGAAUACACCAAGUAAAAGACGAAAAGCAUAAAAGUUCAUACUGGCGUAUAGAUAAGAUUUUGUUGAGAAUUUUCCAUAGGGAUGAAAUGGACGAUUUGAUGGUAUUGUUCCGGUUAGGUAAAUCAGAUGGACUCUGUAUUUCACAAGGUGGUCGGUUUCCACCAUUCUCAUCCCAAGGGAAGCCUCCAAAAAGGGUAAGCAAGGGAUCAAAAGAUUUGACCCUUUGCAGGGUGUUCUGCCGAAAAACUUGCUGCGAUGCAGCUCAGACACAUCCUGCUUUGUUAACCAUUAGGAAGCUGGCUUCAACAGGAGAAGCCAGUCAAGAAUGCUUGCAAUUGUGGGAGCUAUUGGAGUGUUCAAUCUGUGAUCCACGUGUUGGUGUUCAGCCAGGACCUCCUUUAAUAUGCACCUCUUUCUGCGACAGAGUCUUUGGGGCAUGCUCUGAUGCUUACUUCUCCAUGGAGACUGUGACACAG